ACCAAACUUUAAACUUCCGGUAUGAUGGCGGCGAAGUCAGACGUUCGUGGAACAUUAAAUGCAGCCCGCUAACUUGUCAGCAUUAUUACGCCCUUGAAAUUACAGACUGUGAGAAGAAGGGAAAAUGGGUUCGUGUCGAUGCAUUUAGUUUUUGUAAUUAUGACAGGAGAGUUUUGUCGCCAUUUGUCGGAUGUAGUAGUUACACAGCUAGCAUGUGUGUCGCGAGUACUCCAAUCCCGUGAAACAAAACCUCAUAAUUCAUCUGGUUGUUUGCAUUCAGUUAGGCAAAUAUCCAAAUUGCUCAUGAUAGGAGUUAUAAGUAAUAACGUUUACGGAAUUAUGUCUCAUUUUAAUAUGUUUAGUCUUACGUCGCAUUGUUACAAGUUUCCAGCUCGGUUGCAUACCCAGAAUCAGAAUCAUCUUUAUUUGCCAAGUAUGUCCAAAAACACACAAGGAAUUUGUCUCCGGUAGUUGGAGCCGCUCGAGUAUGACAACAGACAGUCAAUUUACAGAACACUUUGGAGACAGAAAGACAUUGAGAAAAAAAAAAAAAAAAAACAGUCACUGAGAGCAGGUCUCCCCUUGUGUAAGUGAGUCGUGUAAGGUCUCCAAAGACGGACGAAAAACACAUAAACAAAAACAAUACUAGAGAGCGCACUACCGAGGCGACCACACUGGUAGGCGCCAUCUUGGUAAGCUAUCCCUGCUAUUAUAUAAAAAAAAAAUACAAAUAAACAAACUAACCAAAAAACAGCAUAUCCAAAGGUGUUCACCAGCAUAACGAGCAUUUAGCUUGCGUCCAAAUUUAAUUUAAUAUUUUUUUUACAAGUCGAUUCUUGUGGUCAGUCCCCACGUGGCUAUGUUAUUUUGAAAAUAGUUUACUCUCUUUGACUGAUGCAAUGUUGUAGGCUAAAAAAACGUGCAGGUUUUUUUGGGGGUUUCCUGAACAAUGUUGGUUUUGGAGAUGCAAAAGAGAUUUGCCCGAUACCAGCAAUAUGUCAUUUUGUUGUGUUUUCGUGCUGGUCUUGCUGUUGACCAGCAGGGCAGCUGCAGCAUGCUAGGCUUGCUGGUGUCACCAGCAAGACUUGCUGUGAAAACUGAACAAAAACAGUUAUUUUCAGCUAGGGGGUGCCAAGCAAGGUACUGCCAGCCCCCCUACGAGAAAUUUAGGGUUUAGUGUCAUGCAAAGGGACAGUUGAAGUCAGGAUUUGAACUGGAUCAUCCACUCUACCAAUUGAGCCACAGCCACCUGGAAAGACUGUGAAUUGAAGCCGAGAACACCAUCUCAACUUUGAAAUACGGGGGUGGCAGCAGCAUGUUGUGGGGUUGUUUUGUUACAGGAACAACUGGUGCACUUCAAAAAAUAAAUGGCAUCAUGAGGAAAAAACAUUAUGUAGAAAUACUGAAGCAACAUCAGAAGACAUCAAACAGGAAGUUAAAGUUUGGGGACGAAUGGGUCUUCCAAAUGGACAAUGACCCGAAGCAUACUGCCAAACUGGUUACAACCUCCCCACUCUCCUUGUCCUCCCUGCGUCUCCUCGUCCCUCCUCUUCGUCUGCUGACGGCAGCAAUGUGGCAGGUGGCAGAGCAGCAGAGUGUCGAGCAUUAUGGGAUUCUAGAAGAUUUUGUGUCUCUGAUGACAGAGGCAGUUCCCCAGUUGCUGACAGACAAGCAGAGGAGCCUGCUGCUGCUUGCGCUCAGGGUCAAGGUGAGCCUUUACGAUGCUGAGUUGCAAACUGACCACCAAGUCCACCAUAACAGGAUUCGUUCCAUCUCCGUUGCAACGCUCAGAACAGAAUCACAGGUUGUCAAUUGUGAUUCUACUCUAUUGACUCUGACUGAUAAAGUGAGUCCGGUGGAUAGACAGCGUCUCUUGCAGGAUGUGUUCAACCAGACGUUUGACGAGGCUCUCUUGACGCUUCUCUCUGACUUCCUGGCCAGGCUCGAACAGCUUUUUCCUGUCCCCGACUUCAAACGGACAGCGUCAUUGCUCAGUGCUGCUUCCGCUGGCCUGGGUGACUGUCUCAGUCUGGCUGACAGGGAGGAGCUGAAAAUGCUAUUGACGAAUCAGAGUUGUCAGUUGGGUCAAGUCACUCCUGCAGUUGAUUGUGACACAGAGAAGAUCCUCCACUCUGCUUGGUCCCACCCCCUCAUCACAAAGCUGACCAAUCCUGAGCCUCCUCUCUUCAGCGCACAAGUCCGAUCAGAUUCCCAAACUGACACGGGGAGUGCCACCCUGGAUGUUCAGGUAACAUUGAUGACGGAAAAUGAAACACAGCGGACUGUGACAGACCAGAUGCCAUCACCAGCUGAAGCCAAAUCCAAUCUCGGCGCCUCAGCUGUGGCUUCAGUCCCAUAUGUGAACCUGGAGGCAGUCAGAGCAAAGGACUCUGACGGAAAUCCAUCAGGACAUGUGUCAGAUCAGCCGGGCUGUGAUGCUAUAUCUAGUGUUUCCCAACAUUCUCAGCGAGUGGCUCACAAAUGUCCCAAGUGUGGGAAACAUUUCAUCUACCGCUCUCAGGUGAUACGUCACCUGCAAGCUAGCAAGACCUGUGGCUCUGCCUCUGCCACAAGGAUAACAAAGUGCCAGGCUGAUGCGCACACCGGUGAUGAAGACCUCCCCUCUUCAGAAGCCCAACACAAAUACACACGCUCCAGCAGAAGCCAUCUUUGUUUCCAGUGCGAUUGUGUCUUCGGUACCAAAGUCGAGCUGCAGUCGCACCAGCGCAGCCACCGUGCCCGGCCCGUGUUUCGAUGUGGCCAGUGUGACAAGGAGUUCCCUCACCUGUCCACAUUGACCAAUCACAAGCGGACACACAAGGAAAGCAGUUGGUUCAUCUGCAGCCAAUGCGGCAAAGACUUUGGCUCGGCCAAAGAGAGAGACGCCCACAGCCUGCGGCACCGGCCGUUAAACCUCACCUGCACCGUGUGCUCACAGACAUUUAGCUCGCAGUCGCAGCUGCUGCGACAUCUACAGACUCACUCGGUGGAGGGUGCUGAGCCAUGCUACCGUUGCCGUUUCUGUGAGCAGACAUUCUCAGGUGUGACUCUGCUUCGUAUCCACCAGCGCUCCCACACGACACGCUCAUACCAGUGCGACAAGUGCAACAAGAUGUACGCCUCGCUCACCGGCCUCCAGUCCCACCGAGCGAGUCACGACACCGACAGUCGCUGCCUGUGCCCUCAGUGCGGUAAAUGUUUCAAGACACAACACGGGUUGGAGGGCCACCUAAGGACGCACAGUGGCGAGCGGCCAUACCGCUGCCCUUACUGUUCCAAAGAUUUCACUGCGCUUGCCGGCCUAAAUGUGCAUGUGCGGCAGCAUACCGGGGAGCGGCCGUACGUAUGCACGUUUUGCGGCAAGGGCUGGCCGUCCGGUGGUGACCUGCAGAAACACAUGAGGGUUCACACAGGUGAGCGGCCAUACACCUGCCAGGAAUGUGGAAAGUCCUUCUCCAACUCCUGUCACCUGAGUGAACAUCGUCGCAUCCACACCGGCGAGAAGCCCUUCUCCUGUCCCGAAUGUGGAAAAUGCUUACGGAGGAAGUUCGACCUGAAGAAACACUUGUUGUGUCACAGCAACAAUCGUCCAUAUGCCUGCGUUUCGUGUCCCAAGAGCUACACUCGCAGGACUCACCUAAACAGACAUCUAUUGACACACAAGCCAACUGGCGGUGAAGCUAUGGCAACUGAUGAAGUUUGACACAGUGUACAUUUUCAUUUACACCUUUUUUAUUUAUUUUUAUUUUGGACUACGUUGUUUCAAAUUACUAUGCAUACACUGUUUUUGUAUUUCCUUAACUAGUCAAAGCAGUCUACUGAUCUUUUUGACCCAAAACAACUUUUCCAAUCAAAUUCCAUGUAAAUGGAGCCUCACUUCAAUAUCACCUUAACAACUCCCUCAUCCAUUGAAAUUGUAAGUCGAAUUUGUAAAACAGUUCCUGCCUGUAUCUCAUUUGAGGAUGCAAGAAAAGCCUCUCAUGGUUUCUGUUCAGAGGCACACUGGUCUCCAACCCUCAAAGAUCUUCCUUUUUAUUAUGCGCCACAGGUUGCGCCCCCUUAAUACAACCCUCAGCUUCAAUGGAAUUUUCUGCAGUGUUGGUUGGCGCAUCGUCUUGCAUGUGAACCAGUUCAUUGCGGAAGGCAAUGUGCCUUUUUAAUACAAUGGCAUUAAAUGGUCAGAAACCUUUACUUAUUUUUUUAUUUACUUCAUUUUUCAGAGGACACCAUCAGGCACUCUCAAGGGCACUUCCAUCUCACUCCCAAUUAUUCCAGGCCAAAACAUCUCUCUGGAAAAUCCUUGCUGAUUCUGUACCUCUCCGCCAACCAUUCAGAAAUGCGUUGUCAAUCCCAUGUGCGUUCCUGGCAAGACACGCCCCACUACAACAUGAUUGGCUCCUGCAUCGCCGGCAGAGCAGCCUACCCAGAUGUAACGAGAUGACCAUCCCAAACAUGUAUCACAUUUGUAUGAAAUAAAAACUAAGUUUAAUAUGGUUAGGUUUCGGGCUAGGGUUGGGGCUAAGGCAGUUUAGGAUGUUUUAAGGUUAGGAUUAGGGUGGGUCAGGAUUAGUGGGAUUCAUGUUAAUGCCGCCACACUUAAGUCACAUCUUUUCCCAUCUGGAAGCAGUAGGGCGUGUUCUACCAGGUUACAGCAGCCAGUCAUAGUGCAGCAGUGUGUGUCCUAGAAACAGUGAUAUUGGGAGCCGGGCGUGUCCUGCCAGGAACAUGCCUGGGAUUCCAAAUAACGCUUUAGAACUUCAUCAGUUGAUCACCCAAACGGCAUUUAUCAGGAAAUAAAGUUUGUGUUCUUGUACAAUAUAUAUAGUGUGUAUAUCAAUGUUCUUCAUUACUUUAUUCGCCAAUACCUUCAUUAAUUUCCCAAUAUAUUGGAUAUUGUUUUUGUUUUUUUCAGCACUCUAUCAGCAUUGGCCCUGAAAAUCCUGUAUCAGUCUGUCUCUAGAAUUUGUCUUAUGUAAUUUUACUGUAAUUAAGCUCAUCUAAAAAAAACUAAUUCUCAAUCCUGAAAUUGAUACCAGUGAUUAAGAAACAAUAAAAUAUGCAAAAACAUUAUCAGAAGACAGUUUAUUUCACAAAUCAUUCAAUCAAUCAUAAUUUGUAGUGCCAACUACAUCUCAUUACGGUGUUUGUUUAGUUGAGACAUGUUUAUGUGCCCGAUGAAUGUUGGACACAAGUAGUGUUCGGGGGGGGGGGGCAUGUCGACAAAUGGAUUUUGGGUUGAAAUUUCUUAAUCAGCAUCCCCACCCCCCUCUCCGUUUUCAGUCGGUAAAACGUGUCCUCCAAAUACUGUUGCCCCCAUGUUUGUGUGAUUUGCCACAAUAUCAUUUUUCACAACUAAAAUUUCGAUUUCCCCUCCCCCGUCGACGAUUGGAUUUU